AAAUAUAAUUCAACUCAACUAUUCUUAAAAUUAAUUUUAGCGCUCUUUCAUUGUAUUGUAGAGGCAAAAUACCUGUCUUGUCAUUGGUUGAAAAUAUUUGUGGAGGUUACUUUAAAAGCGGUCAUUUUAAACUGUGUUUUAAAAGUUCUUGUGAAAUAUUUUAGGUUAGUUAAACAAAAAAGACACCAUGGACAAUACUACCGAAAAUACAGAAUCGUUUUGUCCGAUAUGUGAAAAGACAUUUCCCAUGUCUGAGAUUGAACAACACGUCAAUAAGUGUAUUUUUUUAAAUUCAGCAGACUCCGAAGAAAUACCCAAAAGAAAGCGUUCACCAUCGCCAGUUCUUCCGCAGAAUUUUAAUCGAAAGUCUAGAGGACCACAAAGCAAAGUCGAUUUAAUUUCACCUUCUAAAAAACAAAAAGUUGAAACCAAAACGGAGAAGCAACCAACAACCCCCAGAAAUAACAAAACAAAAAGUAACAAAUCUUUGGUGGUGAAUGAGUUAAAGCCAUCAAUUACUGUAACCAAAGCAACAGUAGCAAACAAUAUUGCUAGUGCUACCUCAACAAAAGCAUCUGCUGUUGAAAAGCCAAAAGAUAAUUCUUUCUCUAUUCCACUCGCUAAACAAUUACAGCCUAAAUCACUUGAUGAUUUUAUUGGCCAGAAUCACGUACUGGGUGAAAACACAGUUCUUAGAGCCUUAUUAGAAAAAGGUGACAUUCCAAAUAUGAUACUGUGGGGGCCACCAGGUUGUGGUAAAACCUCCUUGUCUGGAGUUAUUCAAGGGAUAUGUAAAAGUAAUCCCACAAAAUUAAAGUUUGUGUCUUUGUGUGCUGCAACUGCUGGAGUAAAAGAUGUGCAAAAUGUUGUUUCUGCCGCCAAAUUACAACAAAAAUUUGGUUGUCGUACAGUUCUCUUUAUGGAUGAAAUCCAUAGGUUCAAUAAGAAGCAACAAGAUAUCUUCUUGCUACAUGUUGAAAAAGGUGAUAUUGUUUUAAUUGGAGCAACCACAGAAAACCCUUCAUUUACAAUAAAUUCUGCUUUACUCAGUCGAUGUCGCGUUAUUGUAAUGCAGAAAUUAGAACCAGAUUCUUUGUAUUCCAUCAUAGAACGGGCUGCAAGGAAUUUGGAAGUUAAAAUUAUUGAUGAUCCAAAUAUAUCCUUGCAAGAAGGUCAGUGUGAUAGCAUUGCAGUUCAAGCAGAUGCCUUAAAGUGGUUGGCUGAUAUCAGUGAUGGCGAUGCAAGAAUUGCUUUGGGGAAUCUGCAAUUGGUGUUGCAAUUUCAUGAGACCAAAAGUAAAGUUGUAACUAUUGAAGACAUAAAAGAAAAAAUUAAGAAAUCCCAUUUAUUAUAUGAUCGCAAAGGGGAAGAGCACUACAACAUAAUAUCCGCCAUGCAUAAAUCUAUUAGGGGUUCAGAUGUUAAUGCUGCAUUAUAUUGGACAACGCGAAUGAUAGUCAGUGGUGAAGAUCCACUUUACGUCGCUAGAAGAAUGGUCCGAGCAGCCAGUGAAGACAUAGGUAAUGCAGACCCUACAGCAUUAAUGCUAGCUGUAAAUACCAUGCAAGGAUGUCAGUUACUAGGUAAACCAGAAUGUGAUGUAUUGUUAGCACAAUGUGCAAUUUACUUAGCAAGAGCGCCAAAAAGCAGAGAAGCAGACAGUGCGUUAGCUAAAGCAAAGCAGGUUAUUGCAAGUUGUCAAGGAUUGCAACCCUCAGUCCCUCUGCAUUUGAGAAACGCACCUACAAGGUUAAUGAAAGACUUAGGUUAUGGAAAAUUCACUGGAAGUCAGAUGUACUUCAUGCCUCCUGAGUUACACAACGUAAACUUCUUUAAUUAGAUCGCCAUCUAAUACA